GUCUGAGAAUGGAGAUGGUACAGUUUCAGUACGCAGGGUUCGUUUCAGCAUGACUUUCUUUCCUGGCCAGGUGGUCCCAGUACAAAUGUCAGCUGAGCCAAAGAAAGGGCUUCUCAAACCUCGUGUGGAGCUUGUCCAGAUCACUCCCAAUGCCAGUGUCUGUACUCAGCACAUUUCUGAUCCGGUGUCAGUGUUGUCUUACUCUGCCAGAGAGUCUAUACGAAAUCAGACCUUCAAAUCAUACAAAGAGUACAAACGUGUCUGGAUGCCCCUACUUGAGAUGGAGGCGGCCUACGGAGCAGGAACUUGGUGACAGUGCAGUUGUCAUAGAGAAUGUAAAGAUUGAAAUGAAGUGCGUUCAUUUAUCAAAAUCAUCGGGACAGCAGGAAUUCUACCAAGGUACUUUCAGCUUGCCUGCAAAGUUUUGCUUUGACAGAGGAAUCGAAUUUGGCGGCAAAUCUGCUGGCAGCAUCGGAAAAGAAGACGAAUACAAAAGCAACAGUACAUGUCCUAUGGACUACCUGUGCAUCAGGUGUCGUGUGAAAUGUGAGGAGCCAACCGUGUCGAGAGUCCAACAGUCGUAUCUCAAAUGUGUUGUGGACGACCAUUACACGUGGAUUGGUCACGGUGGUGUAAUUCAUGUGGAACACAAAAACCGCCAAGAUGCCGAUGGCGGGAGGCUGGCUGUCACCUUUCUCUUGAGUCGCCAUAGCAGUGUUCCUCCGUCACAGCUGUUGAGUAGCACAGGAGACCCAGUCACACUGGAAAUUCUACCGAAGUCUCAGGUGGACAGACGUGCGCAAGAAAUGCUGUUUCAACUGGAAGAAGAAGGCAAUAAGUUGGCGCAAGCCAUCGCAUACAACAAAAGGAUUCCACAACUUGACAAAGAUCGACGAGCUUUAGGAUUUCAGCUUGAAUUUCAAGAGACUAAUGUACCUGGUGUAAAGCUCCCAAGAAAUAAUAAACCGCAGCACGACGCAAUCGUGACAGCCCUGACCAACAGCGUUUCUCUCAUUCAAGGACCGCCAGGUACAGGCAAGACAUACACAGGAAUAAAGUUGAUAUAUUUGUUCACACAAAUUAACAGAAGACUUGCGGAAGAUGGAAAGGGAAAAAAGAUUGUUCUCUUCUGCGGACCAUCCAACAAGGCUGUAGAUCUUGUUGCAAGGCUCUUGAAGCUGAAGUUCGGAAACGAAUGCCCGAAGAUGGUGAGGCUUUACGGGUCUGCCAUCGAGUCUAAGGAUUAUCCUAUCCCUCGAUGCGACUUGCAGUCCUCACGUGGGAUGAGAGAUCUCAAGAGUGAACCGGAACUACAGGAUGUGAGUUUGCACCACAUUAUCCGUGAGUCAGACAAGCCAUACGCAGAAAAGAUCGCGACGUUUGAUAAAUAUUUCGACAAAUGCCGAAGUGAUCCAGAAAAUUUCAAGGUGACGAGCAAGCAAAUCAAAGCCUAUAAACGCCUUCUGCACGAUGCCAGUGUUGAGGAGCUGGCUCACCAUGAAGUCAUCUUUGCUACCUGCGCUGUGGGCGGCAACUCAAAACUCGUCAAAGCUACCAAAGGCUCUAUUUUUCAGGUGAUCAUUGACGAGUGCGCCAUGUCACCAGAGCCACACAGUCUGGUGCCAAUUGUGGCCAACAAGGCCAAGCAGGUGGUCCUCAUCGGAGACUACAAACAGCUCCGGCCAAUCAUAACAUGUCAGGGUGCAGCAGAGCUGGGACUGGACCAGUCACUCUUUGAACGUUUAUACGAAAAGUCUUCAGUGCCACGGGUCUUCCUCAGCACACAGUACAGAAUGCAUCCAAAAAUCUGCAAGUUUCCAUCUAUUGAGUUCUACGACGGUCAACUUAAGACUGGUAUCGAAGUGAAGCUCACACAUGUUCUUCCAAUAUGGCCUGCAAAGCCAAAGAGCUCAACAAAAGCUUCCGAUCGUAUCCCACACAUUCUUGUAGAUGUGCGGGGUGAGGAGAAAACACUAACAGUUUCCACCGAUGAGGGCAACGAAAGGUCAAAGUCAAACUCAGCAGAAGCAGAUAAGGUGAUUGAAAUUCUUCAAUACCUGAAACAAAUAUGCGCCGGAAAGAGACUUUACCAUGAGAUAGAUGCAGGGACUCGGUUUAAAGAGCUGCUAGAAACAAACCAAGAGGAAGAACGCAAAGACCUUUAUGGGCUACCUGAGAUACCAAAAAACACAGAAAAAAUUUAUUCUUACACGAUCAAAGUCCUGACUCAAUAUAACGCUCAAAGGCAUCUCCUGGAGGAAAAACUGGAGCAAGCAUGCAAAGGACACCGAGGUGAUCUCAGUCUCAGUCGCUAUGACAAAAAUAACAUCACUGUCGGCACUGUUGUCUCCAGUCAAGGCGGAGAGUGGGACUACGUGGUCCUGAGUACAGUGCGCUCAUUGCCUUCAUACAAAAUUGAGCCUCGGCCCACGUUAGGAUGGUGUCGCCAGAACAUGGGCUUCAUCACUGACCAAAAUCAGGUCAACGUUGCUCUCACAAGAGCUUGUCACGGUCUCAUAAUUGUGGGCAAUGCAGAGUUAUUAAAAUGCGACCCCGUAUGGAACAGACUUGUCACGAAAUACGAAGAGCUUGGAUGCGUGUAUCAGUCCGCCGACUUCCCGCCGCCAUUGCCCCAACAAAGACCCAGAGUCAAGUCACGUCGUCAGCCGGUGGCAUCUAAGGAAUGGCAGCAAGUCAGAUCCGGCCAAGACCGCAGCACGUCUUCUGCACGUUAAAGAUGUACACACUUUGGUGAUCUGUAGAUCCUCACCACCUUAUUUUGUGCAGUCUCAUUUAUUGUUUUGCAGUUUCUUUUCUAGAUUAUCCGGUUCAGUUUCAAUAAAUAUGGGCACAGCUUGGGUUUUCAGCUGUUCACUUAUAAUGAUGCCUUAUAUAGUGUACACUUAUCUGUAUAUGGAUAUUUCGUAAAACUUUUACUUUUUUAAUUAUUAUUCGGCUUGGAAUUUACUGGACUGGAGCUUGGUACUAGUAAACUUCAGAAAGAUUUCACAGAAGAAAGCAUUUCCCUAGGUCUUGCUGCGCUACAACCCUCUUAACUAGAAUAAUAUUAGUGACUGUGACAAUGGAAGUUUUAUUUGAUCACCGUGUUCAGAUUUACCAGUCGUUGUCACUAUUUAACAAUAUGCGUCUUUCUAAGAAGGCCCUUUUAAAAUGUUUAAUGUAACAUCAACGCAUUGAAUAUUUGGUCACCCGGAAACUUCAUUGUUCAAGCAAAACAAAAAAAAAAACCCACAAAAAAAAACAGCUCUGGUACAGUAAAUUGCAAGCCGAUGUUUGGUAUGAAAAUAAAUACAAAAAUAUAUGUAUAUAUUAUAUACAAACAUUGUGUACACUUGAAUACAGUAAAUACAUAUAAUUUUGUUAUAUACACCUUACCUCCGGAUAUUAAUCUCUAUGCAAUGAUUCUAUUGUUACUGCAUAAUAAUACUAUAUAUGUAUACAAAUAAUGCGUAACUCGACCGUUUCAUUUGUAAUAUCAGUACGUACGUAACAAAUCUUUUCUAUUCUUCUUUAAUAUCUGUGAUUCAUAUGCAUUACAGUGUGUAUGCUUCCGUGUAAGUGACGGAAUAGUAAAUCUGUGAUAAAUCAUUAAUAUCUCAAUGUGAUUUAGAUAUGCGACUGUAAAAAUCUUAGCUCCAAAUGUUUAUUUUUUUGUAAAGAAAAUGCAGCAGACUAUGUAAAUGAUCGUUGUAUUGAUCCAAGUCAAAUGCAGCAUAUAGAGAAUUGGCCAGGGAUGUUUGUGUUGUUAGAAGUAUUUGUAUUUUUAAUACACACUUUUAUUUAACUAAA